AUGCAGGAGAAUUUAUUGGAACCAUACAUUUCACGAGAGCUCAUCUGCUGCGUCCUCUCGCUGCAUAAAAACUUUGUCGUCAAGGCGGAAGAUUUUAUCCCAAUUGCCCCGUGCCGUCUGCCAGUGAAGGCCACUCUGCAGUUACUACACGCCCAGGAUGUGGCUAUUUCGACAACCGAGUCAGAAUCCACAGCUGACGAGUUAGGCGCCUGUUCUUUUCCAAGCGCAGAGAGCGAGGAGAAGGCGGCAGCGACGGUGACGGCGACAGAGGCAGCCCGUGACAACUUCUGCACUGACAAACAUGCUUCCAGCACAAUGGACUGGCAGGCUAGCCGGCUCAGCGAGAAUAUUCAAGAUGAGAGCGAAGAGGUGAAUGGAUCGAAUGAAGAUGAUGAUGAUGAUUUGGAGGCGGCGGAGGAGGAGGAUGUUGGCGACUUUUUGCUCUCUGAGGAUGAACAGGAUUGGCAGCCCAUUCCAGAGGAGAAAAAGGAGGACACACGGGCAGCCUUCGCCUUGCCGUCUAACAUUAUGCCCGUUGCUGUCAAUUCUUCGGGUGUUCACCUUCUGGAGGACGGCAACUUCUUUUACCAGUGCGCCGGUCUACCGCCCCUCGCAGUGCCCGAUUCCAGUGACGGUUUUGUUUCCACCUCAGAGAACGACGAGGAGGCUGGGAGCAAAGCAACUGAAAAGGAUUCUUCUGCGUUUCUAUCCGUCAAGGUAUUCAGUACGCACUCAGUGGCUGCUUACAGGAGACGCAACGAAUCUAUUGACCCCGUGGCCGCUUCCGCUGAGUAUGAACUCGAAAAGCGUUUGGAGGAACUCGAUCUCUUCCAGAUGGAUUUGCAGAAAGGUUCCAAUGGACUGGGAAUAAGCAUUCUUGGCAUGGGGAUGACCUCGGCCAAUGGCGUAGAGAAGCUGGGCAUUUUUGUGAAGGCUAUUACACCAGGCGGAGCGGCGGAUGUUGACGGAAGAAUCCGAGUUUAUGACCAACUUGUGGAAGUUGAUGGCCAGUGUCUGGUUGGUGUUUCACAAAGUUUCGCUGCUGACGCCCUGCGAAACACCUCGGGAACUGUCCAGUAA